AUGAUUGAGAUCAGCGAUAUGACAUCCAACACCAAGAUGGAGGGUAAACUGUGGUUCAAGCGUGGCCACCCCAUCCAAUUUGCCAUUACAUGCACAUGUUUAACGGCAUUUGUUCUGUUCGGCUACGACCAAGGAGUCUUUGGAGGUCUCGUCACGAAUCCUGAUUUUCUUAAAACCUUCGGCAAUCCGAGUCCAGGCUUUACAGGGAUUAUCGUCUCCAUAUACAAUAUCGGAUGUCUUGUUGGCUGCAUCAUCAACUUCUUCGUUGGGGAGACCAUCGGACGGAGGAAAGCCAUUCUCAUGGCGAUGAUCCUGACCGUCAUUGGGGCAAUAUUGCAAUGCUCUGCCUUCGGGGUACCGCAACUCAUGAUCGGGCGGGUGAUCACAGGACUGGGUGUUGGUAUCGACACGUCCACUGUGCCUAUGUACCAGGCUGAACUCUGCAAGAGCAAGUAUCGAGGCCGACUCGUUACCACCGAAGUCCUCUUCGUCGGACUCGGAAUCACGGUCGCCUACUUCUUCGUCUUCGGCCUCAGCUUCACCUCUGGUCCGCUAUCGUGGCGUCUCCCAAUUGCAGCCCAGGUUAUUAUCGCAUUCACCAUUUCCAUUAUUAUCUUCGGUGUUCCUGAAAGCCCCAGAUGGCUCACCAAGAAGGGCAGGCUUGAUGAAGCUACAAGCCUGCUGGCUUAUGUCUUCGACAUGGCAGAGGAUGACCCGUAUAUCAUUGAAGAGAGAAACGCGAUGAUGAAUGCCGUUCGGCUGGAGGAGGAGAUCCCCUUCCGUUGGUCACAGGCUCUGAAACCUGACGCUGUCAAGACCAAUAAACGUAUCGGUCUGGCAUUUUUGGUGCUUUUCAUGAAUCAAUGGGCCGGCAUCAACGUUAUCGUCUUCUAUGCACCCACAGUUCUGGAACGAAACGUCGGCCUCCACAGAACCACCGCCCUUGUAGUCGCUGGAUGUGUUGAGUUCUCGUUCGUAAUUGGCUCCUUGGUUCCUUCUCUUGGCCUGGAUCGAUUCGGCCGCAAGAAGCCAAUGAUGUUUGGGUCGCUGGGUAUGGCCGUCUCUAUGAUGAUGGUGGCGAUCUUGCUCUCGUUCAAGGGCACCGCCAUCGAACGUCCGACUGCGGAGGCGUCGAUUGCUUUUCUGAUUACGUUCAUGCUUUGUUUCGGUGCCAGUCUGAAUGCCAUUCCCUGGUGUUACAGUGCGGAGAUUCUGCCUCUCAGAGUGCGCGGGCAGGGAACAGCACUCGCAGUGAUGAAUAACUGGGUAUGGGUGUUUACCAUCGUCAUGGCCACGCCAACCAUGAUCGAGAGGUUGCAAUGGAAGACUUACUUGAUCUUCAUGGCUAUGGUAUGCCACUUCCUUUAG